GGGAGCAGGGAAUGUGCUCCAUGGGACGAGGUGUGGGGAACAGGAGAUGUGCUCCAUGGAGGGAUCUGUGGGGAGCAGGGGAUGUGCUCCAUGGGAUCUGUGGGGAGCAGGGAAUGUGCUCCAUGGAGGAAUCUGUGGGGAGCAGGGGAUGUGCUCCAUGGAGGGAUCUGUGGGGAGCAGGGGACACUCUAGGAGCUGUGUUCCACGGGGUGUGUGGGGAGCAGGGAAUGUGCUCCAUGGAGGGAUGGAUGUGUGGGGAGCAGGGAAUGUGCUCCAUGGAGGGAUCAAUGUGUGGGGAGCAGGGGAUGUGCUCCAUGGGAUGUGUGGGGAGCACACGGUACCUGGGUGCUGUGUUUCGUGGAGGGAUGUGUGAAGAGCGUGGGAUGCACUUGGAGCUGUGCUCCGUGGGAUGUUUGGGGUGCACAGGGAAUGCUCUUGGAGCUGUGCUCCGUGGGAUGAUUGGGGUGCUUUGGCUUGCACAGGGAACCCUGGAGGCUGUGCCCUGUGGAGGGGCACAUGGAAUGCUCUGCCCUGCAUUGUGGUGCAGGGGAUGCCCUGGGGGCUGUGCUGUAUGGAGGAAUGUAUGGGAUGCUCCUACUUGCAGGGCAUGCCAGAGGGGAUUUGCUGUGGGAAGGGGUGUGUGGGUUGUCCUGGGUUGCUGUGUGGUGCAUGGGAUGCCCCAAGAGCUGUACUUCGUGGAGGGAUGUGUGGGGUGCUCUGGGGUGCCCACGUGGCUGUGCUGUGCUGGGGGCACUGGGUUGUGCUGGGGGCACUGGGUUGUGCUGGGGGCACUGGGUGUCCCCGUGGCUGUGGGGUGGCACUGGGGUGUGCUCUGGAGGCCAGGCUGGUGUGUGGGGUGCUCUGAGGUUUGUGGGGUGCCCUCAGGGCUGUGCCGUGGAAAAGGACGGUGUUGGGUGGAUGAGAGAGGUGGCUCUGGGAUUCCAAUCCCAGUGAGGGGCUGGGACAUGGGAUGGGAGGGGCUGCAGCACCAGGGCUGGGCUGUUGGAUUUGAGAGUGAGAAGUGUCCUAGGAGAAAGAAGCUGGAGUAAGUGGGGUGGGAGCUGCGUGUGUGAACUCUGCAGUGGAGCUGGAGCGAGGGGCUGGGGCACAGAGGUCUGUGGAAGGGAUGUAGGGAUUGGAAUAAAAGGUGGAACAGGCAGUGAUGGGGUGGGAGAUGGUGUGUGGGACAUCACGUCAUCUGGGAUGUGUUGUGAGGAAGGGAUGGGGGGCUUUGGUGCAGGAAGAACUGAAAUAUGGGUGUCUGCAGGAAAAGAGGAAGAGGUGGAUGAAGCAAUGUGGAGUAUGAGGUCUGCUGGGGAGAACUGGGUUGAUACACGAGGGGAUGGAAGGAUGUGAGGAGCUGGGACUUGAGUCAUUGGGAGAAAGGGAUAUGGGAGUGGGACUGCUGUGGUAUGGGGAGGCACUGGGAGCCAGAAUGUGGGGUGGGCAGGAAGUGCUUUCAGCUUGGGGGAGGUGGUGCAAGUGGUCAUGAGGGAAACUGUAGGGCUCCAGAGCUGGGAAAGCAGGGUAGGCAGUUCAGGAGAGCAGGAAUCCAGGGAAGCUGAGCAUGUAGUGUUGGACUGGUAUGUGGGAUAGCUGUGCAAGAGGAGUUUGUGGGAUACCAGGAGUGUGGGAGGGGAUCUUGUAUAUAGGGAUUGUGGGGAGGAGCAGUAUCUGACAAGGCAGGAGCAGUGUGUUUAUUUGGAAGUAUUCCUGCUAGGUAGAGGAGAGGCAUUUUGUGUGUGUGUGUGUGUGAGAGAGAGAGAGAGAGAGGCAAUCUGUGCCCUGGCUGGCUGCAGAGGGGGAUGAGAAAGGCUAAAUCUUUGGAAACACUGCAAGUUCAUGAGGCCAAGGGUUGGAUGAUGAGGAGAAACGAACACUGAAGACCCCAAAUGCUCAGGGAAAUGAUGGGACAGGCAGAUGCAGGAAGGCAGCACGGCUCCACCUCUGAGAUGAGCGAGAGCACCCUGGUUUUCUGUGUAGUCCAGCUUUCUGUCCCUGAGGUCUCAGUGUAGGUGGUGGAAUGAUGGGACUGGAGAGGCCUCUGCUGAUGGAGUGUUUGGGAUGUGGAAGGUGGAUGUUGCUCGCGGAGGGGAGACAAAGCGCGAGGACGCAGAUGGGAGGAAUCCGAUGUGACAGUCAACUGUGGGUUGCUAUUUGGGUAUAAAAAAUUAGGGUGGGAUGAUUACAUGAUUAGUGGCUUAAUAGUAAACUACAUGAGGAAUCAGGAAAUUGUCAGGCAGCAAAGAAAGAAAGUAAGUACAAAAGAAGUGUUUAGUAGGGAGGUGCUUGUGGAAGGGUUCAAAGCCACCAACGUGAAAGGGAAGAUGCUUUUACUCUCCAGGUGCCAAACCUAACUUGGACUCUGAAACUGGUCUGGAAAUGACCAUGAACCUCACUUUCUGGGGAGAGGAACAUCAAGUCUUGUAGCUCUAACCUGGUAAAGUGACACCACCUUGGUCUGGGCAGAGAAGAAGGGGUUGUGCCAGGUCGAGUUUGUCUCACAAAGCCUCCCUGUUAGUGACUGGUUGUUCUACUGUCAAAACACAGUUUGAGGAAGUGGGGGAGACAGUUAUUCCAGUUUUUAGGGGUUCCAGUAGCAUUCUUUUUCCUUGAAAGUGUUCUGUCCUCGAUUUCUCUGUGAAAAGCCCACACAGGCAUCAUAGGAUGCUCUAAGCAUCAAGCUUUAACAGCAUGAGGAAAAGAAGUGAUGUAGAUUUUUUUUCUUCUGUUUUCUUGGGUUAUUUGGUCAGUGAUUGCUCAAAAUAUUUCAAAAACAAGUGCUGGAAAGCUAGGCAAGGCAUUACAUGGAAUAAAAGGGUAUGGAAUGAGAGAAUUAACAUACCUAAACAGCUUUAUCCCCACUUCUUUUUGUUUGCCUCUCUGCUGCUUCACAUCUUGUCGUGCCCGAUUUCUGCCUGGGUGUUACAGGUGUUGGGGUGGUGAAGCUAAACAGGGGCACCCACAGUCGUGCUGUGUUCAUCCUGUGGCAGUGGAG